UGGAGAUAGUCUCCAGUAUCUUCCUAGAAACAGAAUAACACUGUGAACCUUUUUAUCUUUUAUUUUUUGCAAUCUCUAGUUUGAUUUGCAUAAAUAUAAUACCCAUCACUGGGUCAGCCAAGUGUGAAAGCCAUGAGAGAGUUUAGUGUCUUCUCCAUCUUGGUGUGCAUAAACCUGCUGCUGGAGAGCUCAUCAUGUGCUGGUGUUGUGAAUCCCUGUUGUUACUACCCUUGUCAGAGCUCUGGGGUGUGUGUGAGAUUUGGUCCAGACAGCUACAAAUGUGACUGCACUCGCACUGGCUUCUAUGGUGAAAACUGCACUGUUCCGGAGUUCUGGACCAGAGUUCGUCUCAUGCUGAAGCCCAGCCCUAAGGUGGUCCACUACAUCCUCACCCACUUGCAGUGGUUCUGGGACUUAGUCAACAACUCUUUCCUGCAAGAUACCUUCAUGAGAUUAGUGCUGACAGUCAGGAGUGAGCUUAUUCCAAGCCCACCUACCUACAAUACCAAGUAUGGAUACAUCAGCUGGGAGUCUUACUACAACAUCUCCUACUACACCCGGCUCCUCCCUCCUGUACCUGAAGACUGCCCUUUGCCCAUGGGAACUAAAGGUAAACCUGUUCUUCCUGAUGCUAAAGUGUUGGCCGAUCGUUUCUUUAAAAGAACCAAAUUCAGGCCAGACCCCCAGGGAACCAACCUGAUGUUUGCCUUCAUGGCCCAGCACUUCACCCACCAGUUUUUCAAGACAAACCAUGAAGUUCAUGGUGGCUUCACCAAGGCUUUAGGACAUGGGGUAGAUGCGAGUAAUAUUUAUGGAGAUAACCUUGUGCGACAGCAUCAACUCCGGCUUCACGAAGAUGGAAAGCUGAAAUAUCAGUUAGUAAAUGGUGAGAUGUACCCUCCCACAGUGUCUGAGGUCCCUGUGCACAUGGUGUACCCUGAAGGUUUCCCAAUGCAGCAUCGUCUUGUCACGGGUCAGGAGUUCUUUGGCAUCCUGCCGGGUCUCACCAUGUAUGCCACCAUUUGGCUGAGGGAGCAUAACAGAGUCUGUGACAUCCUUAAGGCAGAACAUCCUACCUGGGAUGAUGAGCAGCUUUUCCAGACCACUAGACUCAUCAUCAUUGGGGAGAUUAUCAACAUUAUAAUAGAAGAAUACGUGCAGCAGCUGAGUGGUUACCUGCUCAAACUGAAGUUUGAUCCCUCCCUGCUCUUCAAUGCGCGUUUCCAGUACAGCAACCGCAUCGCCCUGGAGUUCUGCCAGCUCUACCACUGGCACCCACUGAUGCCUGACAGCUUCCUCAUCGACGGAGAUGAAAUCCCGUACUCCCAGUUUUUUUACAACACCUCACUCCUCAUGCAUUAUGGGGUGGAGAAACUGGUGGAUGCUUUCUCUCGACAGCCUGCGGGACAGAUUGGUGGAGGUCACAACUCUCAUGAAGUGGUACUCAAAGUGGCAGAAAUGGUCAUCAGAGAGUCUAGAACCGAACGUGUGCGGUCCUUCAAUGAAUACAGGAAGAGGUUUAACUUGAAGCCAUACGCCUCUUUUUAUGAGUUUACUGAUGACAUUGAAAUUGCCAGAGGUUUAGAGGAACUCUAUGGGGACAUUGAUGCCUUGGAGUUUUACCCUGGAAUAAUGCUGGAGAAAACCCGUGCUAAUGCUAUAUUUGGUGAGAGUAUGGUGGAGAUGGGUGCUCCCUUCUCCCUUAAAGGCCUGCUAGGAAACCCCAUCUGCUCCCCUGAGUACUGGAAGCCCAGCACCUUCGGGGGAGAAACCGGCUUCAAUAUAGUCAAAACUUCCACUUUGAAGAAACUGGUGUGUCUCAAUGCCAAGUGGUGUCCAUAUGUGGGUUUCCAUGUUCCACGAAAUGAGGAGGAGGCAAAACCAAGGAAACCGUCUUCUGAACUUUAAUAAAUAUUCACCUGAUGAUUUUAAUGUAGAUGACACAGUACAGUUGCCAAUGUGUUAUAAAUUUUGUCACAAUCCCUUUCAGAUUGAAUUUGGGGACAGACAGGAUGAUUUUGAUCCUAAUUCAGAGGUUUUACUGUACAUAUGAGCAGAUCUACCUCUUUAAAAUACAGCUGACAAUUAACAUACAGUAUUUUCUGGUGAAGUCAUUAUCUUUAUGUCAUUAUCAUUUAACAGGAAAAUUCCUAUGCAAUUACCAAUGCAUUAAUUUUAAUUUGCCUAUGGUAUAACUGAAUAUGACUAUUUUGUUCUUUUUCUUUCACCAAACAUCACUGUAUAAUUUACCCAUUUAGAGAAGAGAAUGAAUUCACAGUAUUUUAAACUGCUAAAAAUAAAAGUAAGAAAUAGUUUAUUAUGUAUGCAGGCGGUUAUUUUUGUUGGUUAAAAUUACAUCCUAUGUGUCUUUAUAAUCUGUGCAAAAGAGAAUGUUAAAUAAAACUCUAGUUUAAAAAAUAAAAGUUUUUAGAUGGCCACUGAGCAGCUCAACUGGCAGUUCUGGGGUGAGGUUCCUUGCUCAAGGGCACCUCUACAUGAGGGUAGGCUGCAUGUCAAACAAGACG